AUGUCAAGUGAAGAAUCUGGCCUUGGCCAGAGGGGCGAAUCGUCCACCUCCAAACACCUUAAUGCGCUGUUUCUUACACAACUGAAGGAGCUAUCUGAUUCUAUUGCGUCCUCUUUCGACUCCAUCUCCUCUUCGUUAGGAGAGCUUAGAAACAAGGCUGGCUCGAUUGCAACGCUGGCUGCGACCUUGUCUGACGCGUACCAGACGAACCAGCAGCAGAAUGGCGGUGAUUCCAAGAUCGCCACCAAGGACAUCGACGCCCGACUGAUGAUGUUCCAGAUGGCUCAACAAGCCCAGAAUGGACUGCCUAAGCAUGGGUUGGAGCAGGACUCGCUUGCUUCUGCGAAAAAACGCAAGAUCUUGCCCGAGUCUCUUCCCGAGGAGGACUUGGACCAGCUUAACAAGUCGUACACGAACGACGCAAACCUUCCGGAGGUCGAUCUCAAUUCCAGAGCAAAGAGCGUCCAGGAUCUGUGGGACGAGUGGAAUCUUGGUUACAGAAACCAGGAGCCUUUGAAGCUGCUCGAGAGAAGAUACGGAACAAGAUGGAGACGCGGUAGAAUUGCGAAAAGCGCACAGAGAAGAAAGAAAGUGAUCGAGUUUAUUGAGAGCGAGGCUAAGCGGAAUCCAGGAGUCAGCGAAGAAGACGUGGUCAGAUUGUUGGAGAAUUACAGAAUCAAGAAAAACAAGGGACUCUUCUGGCUGUACGGCUCGUUGCCCAACCAUUUGUUCAACGCAAAUGGCGAACCAAUCGAGUUUUUCCCUGAUGCUGAAGAUCUGCCCCAGAAAGAUGAAUUGAGCGACGACUCGGAGGCCACGGCCGCUGCUGUUGCGGCUGCAGCCGCCGCUGCUUCUGUGAAACAGUGA